CAAACAUAACAUCCAGAGCAGAGCAUGACAACAGAAGACGACGUACUUCCGCAGCCAUUUUGGUUCAAGCCAUUUUGACCUAAGCCGCGGUCUCUCGAGCGAUUCUUCUGUGCACCGCUCUCCGUCCACAUGACCCCGAUGCUGUGCCAUUUCAUAGGCUUUCUUAUUUCCAUACGUGCCCAAGGUCUGAAUCUGUUUGACGACCCGCCUGCACAGGACGAUGCCACUUGGCGCGAAACGACCGCCACGAGCACGACGGGCAAGGACGGGAAGCGCGUGGCCAUAGUUGUUGCAGGGUCUUUCAUUCGGUACAGCUUGAGUUCAACGUUGCACCAUCUCAUUCGGCCGCUCGUGGCCGAAGGACACCGAGCGGACUACUACGUCUCACUGACUUACCAGAGCAGUCCAGCAUACCAUCAGAAAGAUUGGUACAUGCAGCACUUGGCACUGGACCCUGGUCUUGAUGGCGCUUGUGGUGGCAAGACAUUGGAGUCCGACAUCAGCAUUUUCCUUAAUAACGUGACCGAUGAUUGCACCAGGAAGCAUGCGAUCUACAUUAAAAAUGCCACACAGAAACAUGGAGGGCGUGCGCGCAAGGUCGUCUUGAGGCAAAGGCUAAGCAUUGAUGAUAAUGAACUGGUGGCUGCAAAGCGUUCAGCUGCCGUAUCUAUGAAUCCCGGCGAAGACCCCGAUUUCAGGUUCCCCACUCUGGAUCUCCACACCGAUCGCACGCAAGUUGCUUCUGCCAAUCGCAACAUGCUCACGCUCUUUUUGAACUACCAGCAGUUGUGGGACGACGUUGUAAAGAGUGAAGAUGCAACGCAGCCGUACGACUACGUGAUGUUCCUCAGGGACGAUACUUUGUGGCUGAAAGAUUUCAGCCUGAAUCGUCUCGUCGAUCACGGCCCUGCUGAUCUUUAUGUUUUGUCUUGCGACGCCCGUUGGCCGCGUAUGUGGCGAGAAGAUAUGAAUGAUCAUGGAAGUGUGGUGUCUAGAAGAAAGGCUGAGCUGUUUGGUAAAUAUUUCACCCACUUGUUUCAUGCGAAUAUCACAGAAUGUAACAAGAAGAUCGUUUCGAUGUCCGGCGGAACGUUUGGUUGCAACAGCGAAAUGAUUCUGAAAAUGGUUGUGACGCAGGAUGGCGUGUCGACCAAAUUGGUGGGGCAGGGGCUGAUACCUUUCCAGCGAUCGGUGCAUGUGCAGAUGCCAGGAGGGGGCGUUGUCCCUUGUUUCCACAAGUACUGCAAGAGCCAUUCAGAUGGCCUGGAAUCUUUCGGAAUUGAGCGAUGCAAGCAUAUGAGAGCGUAGCAUCGGAGACGUGCGGUUCAGUGUGUAGGUGUUCGCAUACGCAGCGCCCUGUGAGCCACUUUCGUUGGAAUGCGUGUCUCCAUCGGUGCCUCGCACGCUUGGUGCGGGGACCCCUAGUGCGACAUAGUAGAAGACGACAUAUGAUACCAUGACAUACGUUGUUGAAUACAGAAGGGGCAGUUGUCGACCACCUAGGCGACCGCGCGCCGUCGGGAACAACCGCCUCAGGUUUCGGUGGGGCGGAGGGGGAUGUUAUGAGGAUGAAGCACGUCUCCACACAUGCAUAUAGUUAGGUAUGCGCAGGAUUCCAUGCCAGAAACUGUUGAUUGGUCAGUUUAAAUAGCUGCCGAUUCCCAUUUUGCCGAUUUUCAUUUUGACCAGACAUCGCUGAACAAUGGUCGGCUGAUGCCCAUUGCCGAUCCUCGGUGGCGGGGCGAGAAGUAGAACAUGUUCCGCCGAAGGACCUGCAUCGGGUCAUUUGACUGAACCUCUCCGCGGUAUCCUCUCACACCUUGGCUAGUGUAGGAAGUUAUGUUGUAGUUGCGAUCUUGCGCGGCAGUACCCGUUCCGAAUUCUGGUGCCAUUCAACUAUGCCUGGUCUGGCAUGUUGAGGUCAUGCAUGAGAAGUCUUUGAAUUAGAUAUGAUCAGACGUACUGGCAGUCUUGCGUUUGGUGACGUGCCUUUUGUUCUGACGGCUCGCGCGGUAAAAUAAAACAAGGUUUCGGUGGGGAUCGCUGG